ACUUACCAGACGCUCUGAAGAGUGCACUGUCUGCCGUCAGCGGGCGCUCUGCCUGGAAUGGAGAACACACAAACUUAUCUGUGUAAAGUUUGACUUUCUAUUCGGCUUCCAUUGUCACAUUGAACAGCAAACCUUGCUGUCACUUUUUCAUAGCGAAGUGGUUGUCGUUUUUUCCCGUGUUCCUGUGGCAAAGAUGUCUAUAUUACCGUUCACACCCCCGAUUGUGAAGAGGCUGCUAGGUUGGAAAAAGGGAGAGCAGAACGGACAGGAGGAGAAAUGGUGCGAAAAAGCAGUGAAGAGUCUUGUCAAGAAGUUGAAGAAAACUGGGCAACUGGACGAGCUGGAAAGAGCGAUUACGACCCAGAAUGUAAACACGAAGUGCAUCACCAUACCGAGGUCUCUGGAUGGCCGUCUGCAGGUGUCCCACAGGAAGGGCCUCCCCCAUGUCAUCUACUGCCGGCUGUGGCGCUGGCCCGACCUGCAGUCGCACCACGAGCUGCGUGCCAUCGAGCUGUGCGAGUACGCCUUCCACACCAAGAAGGACGAGGUGUGCGUCAACCCCUACCACUACCAGCGCGUGGAGACACCAGUGCUGCCUCCCGUGCUGGUGCCGCGCUACUCUGAGAUCCCCACGGAGUUCCCUCCCCUGGACGACUACAGCCACUCCAUCCCCGAGAACACCAACUUCCCCGCCGGCAUCGAGCCACAGAGCAACUACAUCCCUGAAACGCCACCUCCCGGGUACCUGAGCGAGGAUGGAGAAACCAGCGACCACCAGAUGAACCACAGCAUGGACACAGGCUCGCCCAAUCUUUCGCCCAAUCCAGUUUCACCAGCCAACAGCAACCUAGAUCUACAGCCGGUGACAUACUGCGAGUCUGCGUUCUGGUGCUCUAUCUCUUACUACGAGUUGAAUCAGCGCGUGGGCGAGACCUUCCACGCCUCGCAGCCCUCACUCACCGUGGACGGCUUCACCGACCCCUCCAACGCCGAGCGGUUCUGCCUGGGCCUGCUGUCCAACGUCAACCGCAACGCCGCCGUGGAGCUCACGCGACGCCAUAUUGGUCGGGGAGUGAGAUUGUACUACAUCGGCGGAGAGGUGUUUGCAGAGUGUCUCAGUGACAGCGCCAUCUUUGUCCAGAGCCCCAACUGUAACCAGCGAUAUGGGUGGCACCCGGCCACAGUCUGCAAGAUUCCGCCAGGAUGCAACCUGAAGAUCUUCAACAACCAGGAGUUUGCGGCGCUGCUGGCCCAGUCGGUCAACCAGGGCUUCGAGGCCGUCUACCAGCUCACCAGGAUGUGCACCAUCCGCAUGAGCUUCGUCAAGGGCUGGGGCGCAGAGUACAGACGUCAAACGGUGACCAGCACCCCCUGCUGGAUCGAGCUGCACCUGAACGGGCCUCUGCAGUGGCUGGACAAGGUGCUGACCCAGAUGGGCUCCCCCACCAUCCGCUGCUCCAGCGUCUCCUAGAUACCAUCACCGUGGAGCCACCGGUCCUCACCCUCGCAUACACAUACGGAGCCUCCAGUCCUCACCCCUACAGACACAUACGGAGCCUCCACACCCCCCCCCCACCCUCCGUGGUCCCAGUCGCAUAGAGCAUCCACAAUCUCAUAGGGCCUCUCUGGAGCAUCCUCUCCCCACAUAUGGGGCCUGCAGCGCGGCCAGCAUGCUGGCAAUGAGCCCAUCCCCUCCAGUACCCCCACCUCCAUCCCUGGCCAUUCUCCUCCUCCUCCUCCAUUCUACACCUCCAUCCUCUAUCCUCAUUCUCAUCUUCCUCCUACUCCUACUCCUAC